AUGCUGCCGGAAUCACUAUUGCGAAAUUGUUCUCCACAUAUGCUCGAAAUCUUCGAGAAGUCGAUAUCCGGAAGGGAUUUCGCUGCGGCACGUUUACUGCUACCAGUUCUUGAUGCCCUUCCGCAACUCACAAGUACUGUGAUUACUUCUGUAGUUGAUUUCGUGCUUUCACAGUAUCCUGGAGGUGAUUGGAGAAAAGCAGCUGACGAGGCGCUUGAGUCAUUAGAGUCUUUGAGUUCAAGAGUUGAUUUUUAUAAUGAAAACACAAUGAAGGAAGCUAUCAGAAAACUUAAAAAUGUUAUACCUAAUUGUAAACUUCUCGAAAAAUUAUUGACAUACCUUCUGCCAUCCUAA